GCGGUGUAUCUGGACCAGUUGCUGUCCUGUGUGGAUGUUCUGUUGUCUGUGUGUGAGAAGGACUGUUGCUCGGUCAGUCUACAGCUGUUACAGGUGCUGGUUACUGUCCAGAGCCUCUCCACUGAGACACUGCUCACUGACAAGGCAGAGCAGAGCGUAGUGUCUCUGUGUAAGGUCCAGGGUCUGGCUACAGUAGCUGACCUCUACAGGCAGCACAUGGAUCAGCUGCUCCAGUGGCUCUCAGCCUCUCAGAAGACCUGGACCAGCUACUCCCCCCAGAGACUGCAGCUCCAGGUCAUCGCCACCCAAUCAGGCCCAGUCAUUGGAGAGUUCCUGCCCUUGCUAAUGCCCCUUCUGCAGAACUGUCUGGACCCAGAGAGAGACCCUGAGAUGAGACUACACAUCUUCACCAUGCUGUCCAAACUGCUGCUGGACGCUACACAACACUGGACUCCCAGGGUGAUUGUCCCCGUCACUCAGUGGGGUAACUCGUCAGCGUGGUCCCCAAGGGUCGACCGUGACUGCCCGGGUGCAGCGCGUGUCACCGUGGAUGUGUACAUAAUGUCUAGGCUCUUCACUGACAUGAAGAGACACGUGUCCCAUGCAGCAAUGCUCUUCACUGACAUGGGGCACGUGUCUAAUGCAGCAAUGCUCUUCACUGACAUGGGGCACGUGUCCCAUGCAGCAAUGCUCUUCACUGACAUGGGGCACGUGUCCCAUGCAGCAAUGCUCUUCACUGACAUGGGCACGUGUCCCAUGUAG